AUGGCCUCAUUCAAAUACAUUGCCCCUCAUAACGACUUUCUCAAAGGCCUCGGCGACGCCUGCCACUACGAGCAAGCCGUCGACCUAUGCAAUGGCUUUUAUAAAAUCUCUGGCCAAGGUGGCUUUACCGACAAAGGCGAGAUACCAUCCGACGUCAAGGACGAAGUGGAGCAAGCAGUCCAGAAUGUCGAGGAUGUUCUCAAAGCAGCUGGUCUUCGUGGAUGGGAGGAUGUUUACUACGCACGAUAUUACCAUACCGAUAUUGACGUGACUUUGCCACUGGUAGCAGAGGCAAUCAAGCGGAAGGUUCCCAACAAUCGACCUGGUUGCGUUGCAGCGGGUGUUGCAAGGCUGGCUCUUCCGAAUAUGAGGAUUGAAAUCGAGGUUGAUGCUAAGAAGCAGUCCUCGCGAGGAAAGCUAUAG